UGAAACAUCCAACUCAAUAUGAUGAUCUUUGCCAUUAGGUUUAGGGUUUACACUCUCUGUCUACUCUCCUUCUUCCCAUCUCUCUCCCUUCAACAAACACCUCUCCCAAACCCUAGACUCCAAAAUGCCUUCUUUGCCCUCCAAGCAUGGAAGCAUGCCAUCACUUCAGAUCCCAAUGGUUUCACCUCUAACUGGUGCGGCCCACAUGUCUGCAACUACACCGGAAUCUACUGUGCACCCGCCCCAGACGAUUCCUAUCUCACCACCGUCGCCGGCGUAGACCUUAAUCAUGCUGCUAUCUCUGGUUACCUCCCGGAGGAACUUGGCCUCCUCUCCGACCUUUCUCUGUUCCAUAUCAACUCAAAUUAUUUCUACGGUACCCUGCCUGAAAGUUUCAAAAAUCUUCACCGUCUUUUCGAACUAGAUUUGAGUAAUAAUCAGUUCACCGGAGAGUUCCCAUCCGUUGUACUCUGUCUCCCAUCAAUAAAGUAUCUCGAUAUCAGGUUCAAUUACUUCUAUGGAGAUGUUCCUUCAGAACUUUUCGAUAUUCAUCUUGAUGCACUCUUCAUCAACAACAACAAUUUCCAAUUCUCGAUUCCUUCCAAUUUCGGGAAUUCCCCUGUUUCGGCGGUGGUUUUAGCGAAUAAUAAUCUAAAUGGGUGUUUACCGGCGAGUUUGUUGAAAAUGGGGGGUACACUUAACGAGCUUGUUAUAAUAAAUUCCGGUUUGAUGGGUUGUUUGCCGCCGGAGAUUGGGUUGUUGAAUCAAUUGACGGUGUUUGAUGUUAGUAAUAAUGAGUUGGUUGGGAAUUUACCGGAGGAAAUGAUGGGAAUGAGAAAUUUGGAACAAUUGAACGUGGGGAACAAUAGGUUUUCAGGGGAGAUUCCGGCUGGGAUUUGUUCGUUGCCACGGCUUGAGAAUUUUACUUAUUCUGAUAAUUAUUUCUGCUCUGAACCGGCUGUUUGUUUAAGUUUGAAAAAGAAGGAUGAUAGAGGGAAUUGCAUUUUUGGCCGACCGUUUCAACGCUCGUACGAUGAAUGCAUGUCGGUUUAUUCGUAUCCUGUAGAUUGCAGCGGUUGUUCCCCCAGAAGUCCGCCGCCUCCUCCACCGCCACCACCUCCUCCUCCACCGCCUCCACCGCCACCACCACCGCCACCUCCACCCCCUCCACCUCCGCCACCUCCACCUCCGCCACCGCCUCCACCCCCUCCACCUCCACCACCGCCGCCACCUCCACCACCGCCGCCACCUCCUCCUCCUCCACCUCCACCUCCACCUCCACCUCCACCUCCACCUCCCCCGCCGCCACCGCCACCUCACUCAUAUUAUUACUAUUAUCCAUGA